AUGGACACACGAGGAAGCGAUUACAGCUACAAUGACGGCUACGAAGAUGACGUCCCCCUGCACCGCAAGCAAGCCUUCGGCUCCGGUAUCAAGCGCAAGAGGGUCGAGUUUGUCAGGGCCAAGGAUGAUGACGAGUCAGCCGUAGGAGCGUCUCAGAAACGCGGGAACGCCUCGGCCAUGGGCGACUUGUAUGCCAGUAUUGUCCUGGGCAGCAGCAGCAGCAGCAGCAGCCGAAGCAGCGGCAGCAGCAAGACGAAACCGGACCAGGCUGCUUCCACUGCGCGUAUGGGUGAUGACUCAGAGUCUCGGGAAGCAGUGCCAGCAGCACCACCAUCGUCGUCGUCGGAAGAGCACGGAAACGAACAGGAGGCCAUCUGCACCAUCUGCUCGCUAUCCAUAACAGGCUCCGUGGCCCGGCACAACGCCUCGCUAGCCCACCAGGCCAGCUUGGAGCACUCGCACCCCCCGUCAGCUCUUGAUCGAUCACGCAUGGGACUGCGAGCACUCAAGGCGCAGGGGUGGGACCCGGAUGCCCGGAGGGGGCUGGGUAGAGAAGGCGAAGGUGUGCGAUACCCCAUCAAGACGGCGGCCAAGGAGGACACGCUGGGUAUCGGAGCCGUGAUUCCGCCACCUGGGGCAGGGUCGGCCGGGAAGAAGGAGCAAGCUCGGCCGCCGGCAAGACCGAUGGGGGCAAAGGAGAUGAGACGCCUCGCUGAGGAGGAGAGGAGGAGAGGCGAAGACCUGCACCGGGAGCUGUAUGGGAGGGUCGACGUGGAGCGCUACCUCAGAGGAGAUGGUGGUGGCAGCAGUGGCUUGACAUGA